AUGGCAGAAGCAAUUCAUACUGAGAUUAACUGGGAGAUGCCUAAUGACAUGAAUCAACAAGACUUGGCCUCUGAGACUGCUCAACAAAUGGUGGCGCCUAUAGAUUUAUCCUCCAAUAACUUGCAGCAGCAACAACAGAUGGAAGAUGGGGAGAUCAACAUAGACAUAAAAGCAUUGACAGAAAUUAGCGAAGAUGGUCUCUUGUCCCCUUUGUGUUGUAUCUACAAGGUGUCCCCAAAGAUCCGUCUUCUGAAAGAAGAAGAUUACACUCCUGUGAUUGUUUCCAUUGGUCCUUUCCAUCAUGGUGAUGUAAGACUGCAGGAUAUGGAAAGGCACAAAGAAAUAAUGUUUAAAAGGUUUGCACAAAACGCUAUGAUAGAUUUAGACAGUUCGGUUGACUUAGCAAAACAGUCUGAGCCAAUGGUCCGUGCUUCUUAUCUUGAGAGCAUCAACUAUAACAAGAAGGACUUUGUGAAAUUGAUAUUAGUGGAUUCUGCUUUCAUCAUUCAACUCUUUAUUAUGAAAUACAGAGGUCACAUGAAACACGAUUCUAAACUAUCACAAUCAUGGUUGGAGGAUGAUGUAGUUAAUGAUUUGCUUUUACUUGAGAAUCAACUUCCAUUCUUUUUCCUUGAAGAGCUAUACAAUAUAGCAUUUCGCUGUAACUGUAGAGGCGAUCACCCUACAUUUCUUGAGUAA